AUGCCAGAUUACUCAGAGAAACGGGCCAAGACAGUAUCAGUAUCUACUCGGCCUCGCGCAUCCUCCGCAGACUCGUCGAACGGAACACUAUCAACGAAAGCAGCUUCACUAAAGUCGCCGAGGGCAGCGCGAUUCGCAGAAGCGACUGCGGUCUGCUCACCGAUUGAGCCUGGCAAGACGGGCAGGAACCCAUUUGUCGACCCACCUUCAAACCACUACAUGGCGCAACCACAGCCCUCAGACGUUGGCUUCGGCUACGUCAACAAGCAUGAGUCUGUUGAGAUGCCGGACACCGAGAACCCAGACUACCCCAAGUCACCUCUCAAAAGCCCGUUGAAGAGCGCCAUGAAGACGCCUGGUGCUGCACCUAGAGAUUUUGGCAAUGUACCAUUCACGCCUAGAUUCACACAGGAAGAGGUGCUCGAGAAGGAGGACAAGUUCACAGAGAAGCAGCAAGCGAAAGACUUGGCCAUCAAAACCAAAGUACGGAUGGCAAAGAUGCUGCUGCGUGGCGUCAACUUCUCCUGCUCCCUCAUCGUGCUCGCCAUGCUUUCAGCGACCUUCACAAUCUUCAACGCAUCACGGGCACUACCCACACGAAAUUCCUUCCCUCCUUGGGCACCUGACCAAAAGAUCUGGCCGCAAGUGACCCUCCUCUGCAUCGCCUGUUUCUCCUUGGUCUGCUCCAUCAUCAUCUUCUACGCCUACUUCAAGGGGGGCCACAAGCGAGCAGAGAAAGCCGCAGUCUACUACACCGCCUUCGCCGUCGCCUUCUUCGUCUUCAGCAUCGUGCUAUGGGGUAUCGGUGCCGGCGUCAUUCAAGGCUCGAGAUCCAACUCAGAUGGGCAAGACAUGUGGGGCUGGGCGUGUAAGGACAACACUCGCAAGACCUUGUUCCAGAAUGAGGUGGAUUACGAACUCAUCUGCCGCAUGCAGAACUGGUCGCUCGUCUGUGCCAUUAUCGAGAUCGUGGUCGAGACCAUCACCAUUGUCGUCUACGGCAUCGUCUUCUACCGCUUCUACUCGAAACGCCAGCUCCGCAAGUCCAUGGCCAACCGCGACCGCGCCCGAUCAGACCUCUACCUCGCCCAGCUACGCUCGCAAUCAGCGCCCAACACACCUGGUCUGGCACCCUACAGCGCGCGGGAGGGCGGCUGGCAACCACCAGCCGACUAUUACGCCCAAAGUCCCGACGUCGAGUCCGGCAACACGCAAUACGUUGACGCGAGCCAGAAGCAACAACCCGCACCCUUCCGCCUGCAACCACCACCGAUCAAGAUCUCCGGCGCAACGCCCAAAAUGGAGCAAACCGGCUUCACACCAGUGCAACAAACAACAACCGCCGUGCGCACACCCUCGCCCUCGGAAGGAGAGCAGCGCUCACCGCUCAUGUCGGAGGUCCCGCGUGAAACGCACGCUGGCCACUUCCAGGCGGCGCCGGGCGAGCAGGUGUACGAGGAGGUGGCGAUUCCUGAAGCGCCCUUAAGUCCUGGAGUGCAGCCGCAGUAUCAGUCGAUGCAGUCGCCGGGGUACUUUAACCGGUGA